AUGUGUCAUAUUCGAACGACCGAUCAAACAAGUCCAAACAGCCGCUUCAGAGCGAAAGUCAUUGGUGCGGUUGUGGAGAUCAAACAAUGCCCAAGAUUUUCACCGGGUCUUUUUCUGGAGCAAUUAUCGCGCCAUCGAUGGAAUCAGUUACAGACUGAAUGGAAAAGGUGCUUUGUCGCACACGCGUGUGCAAUCACGAAGUUCCAGUGGGCGAAACGACUGGUUGGUCUGAUCGGGCACCACGAUGACUUGUCAAAAGAGCUUCGUAAUCCAGGCCACACAAACUGGGAUCCUUUCGAAUUCCCAGAAACACUUCUGUUGGAAGUUGAAAGUGGGAUUUUGAUUCGGGAGGUUCAGCAAGACAUUACUGAACGCAUGAGUAAUCCAGUGGAGAAUGUUGUCAUGCAGUUGAACAUGGGUGAGGGGAAGUCAUCCGUCAUUGUGCCUGUCACUGCCACCAGACUUGCGAAUGGGUUGUGCCUGGUCCGGAUAAUUGUGGCCAAGCCGCAGUCCCGGCAGAUGUUUGAGAUGCUGGUCUCAAAGCUCGGUGGCCUCUUAAAUCGGCAGGUGUAUCACAUGCCUAUUUCACGGUCUCUCAAACUUGAGCAGGCUGAAGCAGAUGAGAUUGGACGCAUGUGUACAGAGUGCAUGCUGCAGGGCGGAGUUCUGCUCGUCCAGCCAGAGCAUGUUCUAUCUUUGAAGUUGAUGUGCCUUGAAAGUUUCAUUGUUGGAAAGCCUACCCUGGGUCAAUCAUUGAUUCAGACGUUACAGUUAUUUGAGACAUACUCCCGCGAUGUCGUGGACGAAAGCGACGAAAACUUCAACGUCAAAUUCGAGCUGAUAUACACCAUGGGAGCCCAGCGCCCCAUUGAACUCAGCCCGCAGCGGUGGACUUUGAUCCAACAGUUGUUGGGCUUCCUGUGUCAACUUGCUUCCGCUGUCAAGAGAGAGUUUCCUCGUUCGAUCGAAGUGGAUGAGCAGAAAGUUGGUGGUUUCCCUAGGAUACGCUUGCUUCACCGUGAUGCGGAAGAACGGCUAUUCGAUCUCAUGACAACGCACAUAUGUGAUAGUGGGAUUGAUCAUCUGCCGAUCUCUCGACAACCUCUGAAGGUCAGAGAAGCUGUGCGUACCUACAUGCUGAAACCGGAUCUGACAGCCGAUGAAAUUGCUACUGUGGAAGAUGACAGUCCCACCGGGUUCUGGACAGAGACCACUCGGAGUCCACUUCUUCUGCUACGUGGUCUAUUCGCAGGAGGUGUGUUGGCGUUUUGUUUGGGUGAAAAGCGUUGGCGCGUCAAUUACGGGCCUGACGAGAAGAGAGUCCCCCCGACAAAGCUUUGUGUGCCGUAUCGCGCCAAGGACAAUCCUUCGCUCCGGUCCGAGUUCAGCCACCCCGAUGUCGUCGUUCUCUUCACUUGCUUGAACUACUAUUAUGCUGGACUCGCCGACGAAGAUCUUUUUCUCGCCUUCAAUGACCUUGUUAAAUCGGAUCAAGCCGAUACAGAGUACCAAACGUGGGUAGACAACGCGCCAAUGCUUCCCCACGAGUAUCAUCAAUUGGUAGGCUUGAACCUCGAUGACCGGAUUCACUGUAUAGAGCAUAUUUUCCCGGCACUUCGGUUUUCUAAGACCGCCAUCGAUUACUUCCUUCACAAAUUCGUUUUCCCCAGAGAAAUGAAAGAGUUUCCUGAGAAGUUAUCCGCGUCUGGCUGGGACAUUGGAGAAAUCAAGACAACCCCCACGGUCGGUUUCAGCGGGACGAACGAUUCGCGAAAAACUUUACCGUUGAGCAUCAAGCAGCUAGACCUUCCCAAGCAGAACCACACAAACGCUCUGGUGCUUGAAUAUCUGUUACGGCCGGAAAACUCAGUUGCUUUCAUAACUCGCCAAGAAGAGCCAAUCAAGACAGACGCCGAGCACCUGUUGGAUGUGGUGAUGAACUUGAGUCCUCCAGCUCAGGUUAUCCUCGACGUGGGUGCCCAAAUUCUGGAGCUCAGUAAUGAAGAGGUCGCAGCACGCUGGCUGGAAUCGAUUCCAAAACAAGGUCCAAUACAAGCUGUCGUGUUUGUUAACGAUCAAGACGUGAUCUGCGUGCUUGAUAGAAAGGAGCGUGUGGAACCUCUGCAAACCUCACCUUUUGCACGUCAAUUGCAAGCAUGUUUUGUUUUCCUUGAUGAAGCACACACGCGUGGGAUUGACUUGAAACUUCCAGUCACCUAUCGCGCGGCGGUCACGCUUGGGCCUCAUAUCACGAAGGACAAGUUAGUCCAAGAGUUGACGAAUUUCAUAGCGUGCAUGAGGAUGAGAAAAUUGGGCCGAGGCCAAUCUGUGGUUUUUUGCAUCCCCGAUGAAAUCAACCGCAAGAUUCUAUCCCUGAGUGAUAAAAAAAAUGAGACAGAAAUCGAGGUUUCGGACGUCAUCACUUGGGCAGUCUCUGAAACUUGGGCUGACACCCGCCGAAGUAUGCCUUUGUGGGCCGUCCAAGGGACGCGUUUUGAGCGUCAGAAGGAAUUAUGGCCGAGCAGUCGCAACAAAAAACCGGCCACAAUGAGCUCAAGCCAAGCUCAAGCCUUUCUUGAACCAGAAAGCCAGACUCUUGAGCACCGAUAUCGACCUGGCUACCAACAAAGCUUAAGAAAUGAUACUGUCUCGGGGGAAAGUCCAAAUUUGCAGCUCAUAGUGGAUCGUUGUCGUGAAUUUGAAACCCUGGAUUUCGCUUCGUCCACGCUUCAAGAGGAGCAAGAACGCGAGCUCGCACCGGAAAUUGAAUGUGAGCGCCAGAUCCAGAGACCACCAGAAGCCGUACCAGAGACGCACCGAAUUCAUCCACAUCUGCGUUCUUUUGUUAUGACUGGGAUCCUCGAGAAAUCUUCGGACGCUUUCACUCCAGCAUUUCAGGUGCUAAAAAAUACGUCGGCAUCUGCGUUCCUGGACGUGACUCAGUUCCCGUCUGAUUUACUCGUCACAAAGGACUAUGCUACUACCGUUAAAGUGACUGCGGGAGUGAAAAACUUCGCGGAUUCUUUCCAACGACCCGUGAGGUGGAUCUUGUCUACUAGCAAAAGUGUGCACCCUUCGGAUGAAGAUACUGUGACUGUCAUGAUGAUUAUCAGCCCCUAUGAGGCCAAUUUCCUGAUUUCAGAGAUACGGAAAUCGGGGAGUGUUACACUUCACGCAUAUAGGCCACGUCAGAAUCGAGGGUUUGCUUCGCUGGAUCAUCUCAGAUUGUACAAUGUGCCCGACUAUGCUCGAAAUAUCAGUGUCCCCGAGAUUCUUCGAAUACAGCUAAAUCUGUUUUCCGGGCAAUUGUAUCUCAGAUCAUAUGUUGAGUACCAGCAACUUUGUGAAUUUCUUGGUGUGGCGUCCGUGAAAACCCCGGAUGAUCUUCUUGUUGCCGCAGAUGGUUUCAUCGAGCAACGUGGCGUGGGGGCUAAAUCGACUUUCCAUCAAAGCCCCCUCAAGUUCCUCUCAAUCCUCAUGUCGCAGAUGAGGAAAGACUGCCAGGAGAUUGGACGGACGCAUCUUGGUCGGAUUUUGAGUGGCCAACUGUUGAGUGUAUCCGAUUUCGCGAAGACUGAGGUAUCACCCGCGGCUUUGGCUAUUCGAACACUGAAAGCUUGA